CAUUCGUUCACGUUGUUGCUUCAUAUCAGAAGUCCAGUGCUCUGCUUUCUGCCCCAGCCGAGCUGAUCGCGACUACCCAGCCGAGAGGCAUUCCUGCAGCCGAGAUGAUGCCUGCCACCCAGUCUGAGUCUACAGGGACCGGUCCCCACAGAUUAUAUGUUCUGUUUCGAUUCUACGAUCCCGAGGUGAUAGCGGUACUUACGAUAUUAGUUGGGCUUUUCCAAGUGAUCCUGGCAUUUCCAGCUUACUAUUUGAGCAUUGAUGUAACUUUCCUCUAUUGGUGCCCAAUCUGUGUUGGAGCGAUGCAUGUAACAGGAGGAUCACUUGCAUUUGUAUGUGAAAGAUCUCCCAGCAAGAAGAUGCUGAAAAACUGCCUGUAUUCAACACUCUGUGGGCUGUUUUUAGGAUUUUGCGCAAUUAUCUUGUAUGGCUUCUCAGCUAACAGCAUUCUGUCUUUGGAAACUUGUACACCGCAAGACCUUCAGAGAAGUUCUGAGUGCCCACGAGACGCAUUUGUUGACUUUUUCAGGCACUAUGUACUGUUGAUGGGGAUUUAUGCGGUAGCAGCUAUCUUUCUUCAGUCUUUUCUGUCAAUUUCAGCCAUAAAAGCUCUGAGAUUAAACUGAAAUGCACAUGUCUAUAAUGUGUAUAGGAAAUAUAAUCACAUAUACACAAAUAACAAACUGAUAAUACCAAUUAUUUGUGUUUCAUAAUGUAAAUAUGAUAUCAAACUAGAAGCAACAGAUACAGCUUUAUACAGAAUGGCUUCUGUUGUGAUCUGUAAGGUGGGAGUAAACAGAGCAUAGACAAGUCAUUUCAUCAACCUGGUCCCAGAUGGCGUCAUAUGCUCAGUUAAUAUUUGUUAAUGUCCAGAGAGCACUGUUUUUUACCUGUAAACAAAUGUUUCACAUUGUUCAACAUUUAAAAAAAAAAACUAUUUUUAUGCAAAUAACAUUUAUAGUAAAUGUAUAACAGAGUCAAUUGUGACAGGGCUGAAUAUUUAAGAACAAAACUCAACACCACACCCCCUGUAAUCAAGCUUAAACCUUAAAAUAUCAUUUGUAGAUGACAUCAGUUAUUCAGUUAAGAUUCAUGAGUCACUGUUUCUCUUAGGCUCAAAUUAUGUCAUUUAAACUUUACCAGGACACUUAAUGUGACAGAAUAGGAUUUUUAAGUUUAAAUAAGUUGCCCUAAGGAUCAAGUUUAUGUUAAAAUCCCAGUCGUAGAUUUCGAGAGCAAAACUGGCCAUAAACAGAAAUCUAUACACUAUACAUUGCCAUCUUAUAAACUGUUUGAUGAAUGUAUUUGUGAUUUUUUUAUACACUGUUUUAUUGUUUUUUGGAGAAAAAAUGUGUUAAUAAAUGAUAUUGAGUCUAA